AAAAUGUGCGAUUUUUGUCUCCAGAUCCUGAAAAAUCUGUGAUGAACCUUUAAUGAGAGGAGAUCUACACCUGCACCUCUCUCUCUCUCUCUCUCUCUUCACCCCUCUCUCUGUCUGUCUCUCUCUCUCUCUCGCUUCACCCCUCUCUCUCUCUCAGCAGGCUCGCUAUUGGCAGAUGGUUGCAGCACGAGCUCAAACUGAGCAGUGUGUGUGUUUGUGAGAGAGAGAGAGAGAGAGAGAGAGAGAGAGAGCGAGAGAGCUCGUGCAUCAUCAGAGAUGUGAGCAGCGGCGGGAAAACAGCAGCAGCUGUCUCGAGGACAGACAAACGGCAGGAUGGCGGGAGGACGGCGGGGUCUCGUGGCCCCUCAGAACACUUUCCUGGAGAACAUCGUCCGCCGGUCCAACGACACAAACUUUGUCCUGGGAAACGCUCAGAUCGUGGACUGGCCGAUCGUCUACAGCAACGAUGGUUUCUGCAAACUGUCGUGUUAUCACCGAGCCGAGGUCAUGCAGAAGAGCAGCACCUGCAGCUUCAUGUACGGAGAACUGACGGACAAAGAGACGAGCGAGAAGGUUCGACAGACCUUCGAGAACUACGAGAUGAACUCGUUUGAGAUUCUCAUGUACAAGAAAAACCGAAUGCCAGUGUGGUUCUUCGUGAAAAUCGCUCCGAUCAGGAACGAGCAGGACAAAGUGGUUCUGUUCCUCUGCACCUUCAGUGACAUCACCGCCUUCAAGCAGCCAAUCGAGGACGACUCGUCAAGAGGUUGGGGUAAAUUUGCUCGUCUGACUCGGGCGUUGACGAGCAGCAGAGGAGUUCUCCAGCAGCUCGCUCCUGCCGUCCACAAAGGAGAGAACGUCCACAAACACUCGAGGCUGGCAGAGGUUCUCCAGCUGGGCUCGGACAUCUUGCCUCAGUACAAACAGGAAACCCCGAAGACGCCGCCGCACAUCAUCCUGCACUACUGUCUCUUCAAGACCACGUGGGACUGGGUCAUCCUCAUCCUCACCUUCUACACCGCCAUCAUGGUGCCGUACAACGUCUCCUUCAAGACCAAGCAGAACAACGUGACGUGGCUGGUGGUGGACAGCAUCGUCGACGUCAUCUUCCUCGUCGACAUCGUCCUCAACUUCCACACCACGUUCGUGGGCCCGGCGGGCGAAGUCAUCUCCGACCCCAAACUCAUCCGCAUGAACUACGUCAAGACCUGGUUCGUCAUCGACCUGCUGUCCUGUUUGCCGUACGACGUCAUCAACGCCUUCGAGAACGUGGACGAGGGCAUCAGCAGCCUCUUCAGUUCCCUCAAAGUCGUCCGCCUGCUGCGUUUGGGUCGCGUUGCCAGGAAACUGGACCACUACAUCGAGUACGGAGCUGCCGUGCUGGUGCUGCUGGUGUGUGUUUUCGGCCUGGCCGCUCACUGGCUCGCCUGCAUCUGGUUCAGCAUCGGAGACUACGAGGUGAUCGACGAGGACGCCAACGCCGUGCGCAUGGACAGCUGGCUGUAUCUGCUGGGCGAGACGGUGGGGACGCCGUACAGGUUCAACGCCUCGGGCUCGGGCCGCUGGGAGGGCGGGCCCAGCAAAGACUCGGUCUACAUCACCUCGCUGUACUUCACCAUGACCAGCCUGACCAGCAUCGGCUUUGGAAACAUCGCGCCAAACACGGACGGAGAGAAGAUCUUUGCCGUGGCCAUGAUGAUGAUCGGAUCGCUGCUCUACGCCACCAUCUUCGGUAACGUCACCACCAUCUUCCAGCAGAUGUACGCCAACACCAAUCGUUACCACGAGAUGCUCAACAGCGUGCGAGACUUCCUGGAACUCUACCAGGUUCCCAAAGGCCUCAGCGAGCGCGUGAUGGACUACAUCGUGUCCACGUGGUCCAUGUCCCGCGGCAUCGACACGGACAAGGUGCUGCAGAUCUGUCCUAAGGACAUGCGCGCAGACAUCUGCGUCCACCUCAACAGGAAGGUGUUCAAGGAGCACCCGGCGUUCCGCUUGGCCAGCGACGGCUGCCUGCGAGCGCUCGCCAUGGAGUUCCAGACGGUGCACAGCGCGCCGGGCGACCUCAUCUACCACGCCGGCGAGAGCGUGGACAGCCUCUGCUUCGUGGUGUCGGGGUCACUGGAGGUCAUCCAGGACGACGAGGUGGUGGCCAUUUUAGGUAAAGGCGACGUGUUCGGCGAUGUCUUCUGGAAGGAGAUGACUCUGGCUCAGGCCUGCGCUAACGUGCGAGCAUUGACCUACUGUGACCUUCACAUCAUCAAACGGGACGCUCUGCAGAAGGUGCUGGAGUUUUACUCCAACUUUGCAAACCACUUUGCCCGAAACCUCCUGCUCACCUACAACCUGAGGAAGAGGAUUGUCUUCCGGAAGAUCAGUGACGUGAAACGUGAGGAGGAGGAGAUGUUGAAGCGGAAGCACGAGGCUCCUCUGAACCUCCCUCCUGAUCACCCGGUCCGAAAACUCUUCCAGCGUUUCCGUCAGCAGAAGGAAGCUCGACUGGCCGCGGAGCGUGUCAGUCAGGGCACCGGCGACGUGGAACAGGGCGUCGUUGGUGAAGAGCAGCCGAGGGGUCCAGAGGUUCUGGCCUCCACCAGUAUCGUCAUGGUGACAGAGAGUCCUGCCACACCCUCGUCUUCGUCAACGUCCACCACGUCCUACUCAUCCAGGACCUCCAGUCGAGUGAUGCUCAACACUCCUGCCGCCCAGAACGGAAACCUCACCGGCUGCAAAUCAGCAGAACCUACUAAGGCUAAAGGCUGGGGACGAUUCAAGGAGUCGGUCGUGAAGGCAGAGUCAUGGAGCAGCGUCUCCAAGGCGGAGUCCAUGGAGACGCUGCCUGAUAGGACUAAGUCUCACGACGAGAUGUCCCUCAAGAAAACUGACUCGUGCGACAGUGGCAUCACAAAGAGCGACCUCCGUUUGGACAACGUUGGCGACGUCAGGACUCCGCAGGACAGGAGUCCGGUUCAGUCGGACGAGAAGAGGGUCUUCUGUCCGAUACCGGAGCAGAGCGUGCAGGCGUCUGUCCUCGAGCUGAAGCAAGAAUUAAGAGGAGACAUCAGAUCUUUGAACAGUCGCAUGGAGGCACUGGAGAGCCAGUUAGCCGAGAUGCUCCGACUUCUCAAAUCCAGGAAGUCGUCAGGUUCCUUCUUUGAGAUAUCGCGGCCGCCGUCCCCCGACUCCGAUAAGGACAGCUUGUCCUAACCCGGACACGGAGUUGGUCACCUCUGACGCCGGGGUCAACGCUGACAGAAGCACUUUAUUACGUUCGUAGCAUUAUUGGAAUGACGUCAAACUUGAAGGUGGAAGACUUCGAUCGCGUAUUUGGUCGGAUUUUCUACGCAAACAUUCACAUUGGCACCUUUGGUCGUCGGGAGGGUUUGUCUCCCGGCCACAGUCACGUGAUAUCGGCAAUAAUAACAGAUGGUUUUAAUGUUCCUGUCUCGACCAGGACUUCGUCACUGUGAUCCAGCGACUCUGACGCGACCUCACGAAGUUUGGUCCACAAAGUCGGGUUCAGUUUCCUGAUACUGGAGCGGUCAGUUCUCAUCGGCUGUCAAUCAAAGAAAGGAUUAUGCACUUCAAACAAGCGGCCGUGUGUCAUGUGACAUAGUUUGUGAAUGUCUACGUCCAUAAAAACGUUCUCUGGUUCCACAGAUUGUCGGUUGUCUCUUGUGAUUGUAUGUAAUGUAAACACAGUCUCUCAGUGGGCGGAGUCUGUGAAGCUGCUUUACUUUCUGACUAAAUCACUGUGUUGGAUUCAGUGGUACGUCGCCAUCGUAAUUCCAGACAGCGCCACCUAGUGCAUGGUCCCCGUUCUUACGUGAGGAAUUAUUAUUUUCUCUUUUUCUCCAGAAAGAAUCACAUUUUUAAAAAAGCGUAUAUUAUAAUGAAAAUAUAUGUCGGGUUUUCUGCAUGUGCCCGGCGUAAUGGCUUGACCACGCCCCCUCAAACGCUAACCUCUGCAACAUAUUUCACGUACAGUAGAUGAACAACGUGUCUGUUAGAGUUAUAGAUUUUAAUCUUUUGGAAUUUAGUGGUGAUUUUUUUACGAUAAAUAGUCGCAGAGCGUUUAAGAACGUUCUAGAAUUUUUACCAUUUUCAUUGGAAGUCGGAACUGGAGUGGCGUCACUUCUGAGUUCCGACCACAUUACAGUUCAGUAUCUUGGGCUAGCCUCCGUUAGCAACGUCGCAACUCUCCUACGAUUAAAAACAGUUUACGACGAUUUACUGUGAAACCAAUGAGAAACAAAAGUGCGAUUAACGGUAAAAGUAGUCGAGUGUUUUUACGAUCUCGGAAUCCUAUGUCGGGGUUUGUUUGAAACGUCUGACUACGACUGGAACGCACAGUUAAUCAGACUGACUUAAAGUCGUUAAAGGGGCGUGUCCAUGCUGUAACUUCACUGUGAUUCUGAAAACAUCUACAUGACAAUAUAAUCGUAUCGCCCCCUGCUGUUUCUUCUACUUAGUUUGGAUUCUCUGUGUCAGUUUUUCUGAACUGCAC